UGCACCCUCGAGGAAGGGUUCUGUGGCUGGAGACAAUCCGACCAGGACCGGUCCAACUGGGUGCUGCAGCAGGGGCCUCAUUAUUAUUACCCCGGGCCAGAUUUCGACAGGACGUUUGGCAAUACCAGUGGCCACUACAUCUGGCAUAGAACGUCAUAUGGUUAUAGAGGCAGAAACGCUGUACUUCUCAGCCCUGUCGUAUCGCCAAGUAGAGAACAGAUCAGAAAUACGUGGUGUUUUAGUUUCUGGUACAAUAUGUAUGGAAGCGACAUGGGGACUCUCAAUGUGUACCAGCUUCCAGCAAAUCAGACAAUCAGUGAGGGUGAAAUCCUCUUAACCAGAAGCGGUCAAUAUACGAAUGCAAGGGUUUGGUUGAAAGCCAGGAGUUGUGUGAGAAAUGCUACUUCGGAAUUUCAAAUUGCUCUUGAGGCAGUCCAUGGUUACGGCUAUCGGUCGUACAUAGCAAUCGAUGACAUUAAUACUGUUAUCCCUCGAAUGUUCCUCUUUGAUUCAACCGAAGACUUUCCUUCUGAUGCUGGAAAAGCAGUUCUUGUGGAAGGAGAAGAUCAUGCAUUUACGUGCAUGGUACCAGACAUGAACCACGAUCUAGAAUUUGUGUGGACCUUGGCUGGCCAGCGAGUAAACAGAAGCGUCGACACCAUCGACGGACUGGACGUUAGCAGUAGUGUCGUUGUGUCACCUAACAGAGACAUCGAUGGAAAGAUACUACAAUGCGAAGCGUUCGACGCAGAUGGCGAGCUGAUUGACAAUAUGACUGUAUCAAUCGCUGUAAGAGCAAGCGCAACCUUCAACUGCACCUUUGAGAGAGGACUUUGUGGAUGGAGACAAUCCAACGAGGACAGAUCCAACUGGCUCCUGCAGCAAGGGGGAACUCUUUAUUCAAUUUACACCGGGCCACAUUUCGACAGGACGUUUGGCAAUGCAAGUGGGCACUACACCUACUUCAAAGCGAAUUCAGGGAACAACGCUAUACUUGUCAGCCCUGCAGUUUCGCCAAUUAGAGAACAGCUGGACAAGUGGUGUUUCAGUUUCUGGUACAAUAUGUAUGGAAGCGGCAUGGGAACUCUCAAUGUGUUUAAGCUUCCAGUCAAUCAGACAAUCAGUGAGGGAGAAAUCAUCUUUACGAGAAGCGGUCAAUAUACGAACGGAACGGUUUGGUUAAAGGCCAGGAGUUGCUUGAGAAAUGCUACGUCAGAAUUUCAAAUUGCCUUUCAGGCAGUCCGAGGGUACAACUCUUACUCGGACAUUGCAAUUGACGACAUUGAUAUUGUUAUCCCUCGAAUGUUUCUCUUCGAUUCAAGUGAGGACUUUCCUUCUGAUGCUGGAAAAGCAGUCCUUAUGGAAGGAGAAGACCAUGCAUUUACGUGCAUGGUUUCAGACAUGAACCACGAGGUACAAAUUGUCUGGACCUUUGCUGGACAGCAAUUAAAACCAGUCAGUAAUAGAAGCGUCGACACCGUCAACGGAGUAACCGUUAGCAGUAGUGUCGUUGUCUCACCUAACAGAGACAUCCAUGGAAAGACACUACAAUGCGCAGCGUUCGACGCAGAUGGUGAGCUGAUCGGCAAUAUGACUGUAUCAAUCGCUGUAAAAGUAAAACCGAGGUCAUCAUUAAUGUCCAUGAUUGGUCCCAUUGGCAAACUAAGACCAGGUGGCACAGCGAACAUUGCAACUGGUAUAUCACAUACCUUUACUUGUCAGACAAAGGAUACGUGGCCUGAGGCCAAAAUUCAGUGGUAUCUUGGUGACAUCAGGAGAGAUAUAUAUCGACCUACUUUUAGAGGAAGCGAUGAGUUGGCGACCACAAGAGACAGUUGGGCAUUUACUCCUACCUCUGACAGCAGUGGAUUGGAGUUGAGGUGUGUGGCCAGUGUUGAAGAGCCGUUCGACGCUCAGGCAUCUUUUGCAGUCAGACUGGUUGUCAAUUCGACAGUAGGUUUGAACUGCACCUUUGAAGAAGGGUGGUGUGGCUGGGAGCAGUCGACAGCAGACCGUACAGACUGGAAACUCCAGGUGGGAUCGGCAUGGAAUGGCCCCGCAUACGACAGGACCAACGGAGAUUACACGGGCCGUUAUGCCUACUUUCGUGCGUCAUACUGGUCCGAGGGCAGCAACGCUGUGUUCGUCAGCCCCGCAGUUGUUCCGAGCAAAGAACAGAUCGGCAACUACGCGUGGUGUUUCAGUUUCUGGUACAACAUGUACGGAAGAAAUAUGGGUACUCUAAAUGUGUCUCGCGUGCCUGUUGGCGGUUCAGUCACUGAAGGUGAAGUUCUGUUUUCAAGAAGCGGUGAGCAAACGAACCGGACAACAUGGCUGGAGGCUGAGAUUUGUAUCACGAAUUUAUCUUCGAGCUUCUUCAUAGCGUUUGAAGCGAUUCGUGGCAACGGCUACUACUCAAAUAUUGCCAUCGAUGACGUGAAAUCCCAAGUGCCAUGGACAUCUAUCACGUUAUUUGAAUGGUUUGGAUACUACCUCUCUAUGGGAGACAUAGUGUAUGUGUCGGAUGGAGAGCAUUAUCCAUUCACGUGCACCGUACCUGGCAUAAGAACACCCGUCUCGCUCUCAUGGACGCUAGGGGGAAUGGAAGUUUCUACAGUCAAAAACAAGAAUCUCACAGAUGCCGACGGUUUCACCACUACCACCAGUACAGUUACAAUACCCAUUUCUGGCAGCAAUCACGGGGAGCUACUUGAAUGCAUGGCUUUUGUCGAAGGGAGGCAUCCCGUCGUCAACAUAUUCGUUACUCUUGAUGUGAAAGUAAAACCAAGAGAAUCGAAUAUGCUGUUGCAUAUUACAAACCAGACUACGACCGAUUCUUCACCUGGCAUGGACGCAGGUACACUACAAUAUUUCACGUGUGAGAUAUUGGGCAUCAGACCAGCAGCGACUAUUGAGUGGUUCUUGGAUGGUGUUUCACAGCACAUCGUAAGCCCGCCCCCUGGAGAAGACGAUUGGUUGGUUGACGUGUCAGACACAUGGUCAUUCACGCCCUCAAGAGCCAAUCACGGCCAGGAAGUGAAAUGCGUAGCAAACAACACGGAGUCAGAGGAACCGUUUCCAUCAAAGGUCCUCACCGUUCUCGUCAAUGGACCACCAGACAGUCUGGCCAUUACUGGUUCCCCUACCAUGACUUCUAAUAAACCCAGCAUUUUGGUGUGCCGUGCGUACACGGGAUAUCCAGAAAGCUGGAAUCUGGUUUGGUCCAAUGGCGACACACCUUUGCCGAGUCCAACAACCGUAUAUGCAUCAUUUGGCAGUGGAUUCAUGUUCACAAGUACCCUGGCUUUCACACCGAGGAGAGAAGACAAUGGAAACUACAUAACCUGCUCUGCACAAAAACCUUCGUGGAACAGCCCAACCGAAGUUGGAUACUUUGGUCCAGUAAACGUUCAGUAUCGGCCGGAGUUCACACUCAUACAAGUCUACCCUGUAGGACAAAUUAUCGAGGGAGAUGACGUCAUUCUGUCAUGCGGUGCAGACGCCAAUCCCAAGCCCACAAACUUCAUCGCGUGGGAGAAGGUCGGGUCUCCUGACUCCUUACCCUCCUUCUACCGCGAUGGAACUAGCACGCUGACACUAAGCAACAUCAGCAGGGAGCAGGCUGGGACGUACAGGUGCAGCGGAGACAACGGUGUACCACCCGUGGUUUAUUCCAACCAAGUCGACGUCAUUGUGCGUUAUAAGCCCCAUCCUCCGGGGGCCGUCUUGAUUCGUACUGGGAAACUAUCGUCUGAGUCGCUCACGGUCACCUGGACUCCAAGGAGCGCCGGAGACGAACCGCAGUGGUACCGUGUCAACCAUCGCGAGCUGGAAACCACCACUGACUUCAGCCCCAGCACGCAAAGCGGAAGACUCUACCAUGUCAGCGAGUACACAGUGUACGGUCUGCGGCCCGACACCGAGUACGAGGUCGAGGUUUACGCUGAGAACGCCUAUGGUGCGAGUGAAGUUUUGACAACAGUCGGAAAGACCCUUUCACCUGUUGCUCCCUCAGUCGUCGGCAUACUGACAAGCUGGCCGUUUUUAACUGCCAUCAGUGUACUGGGGAUACUUUUGUUCAUCAGCAUCGCGAUACAUACGGUCGGCUGCUUCUACCGUAAACAAAAGAAGGGACAAGUUGUUUCUCAACGAGCUGGGACCGGAGGUCAGGUCCGGUUCGUUGCAGGUACAGGAUGCCACGAAAACAUGGGGAUCCCUAUGCAACCCAUUCGCGCAGUCGUAAGUGAUCCGAUUGAGUCUACCUAUGCUGACAUCCCGGACUGCCGCGCAGCUAUCUCGCGAGAUCAGCUGACCUUCCUGCGAGAACUGACCCAGGGCACCUUCGGGAAGGUGCUACUUGCAAGAGCCGUGGGCAUCGAGCAGCGAGGCCUUAUCACCCAUGUGGCUGUCAAAACAGUAGAAGAUGAAAGCGACCCGAAGGAGAAAGAGAACCUGAUUCGAGAGUUGAAUGCAAUGAAACCUCUCAGUGAUCACGUGAAUGUCGUUAAGCUCCUUGGAUACAGCAUGGACGAAGACCCGAUUUACGUCAUCAUGGAACACGCGGCGAAUGGGAACCUGAAGGAGGUCCUUGCUGAAAGUUGCACCAAACAGGUGUAUGACAACCUGCGAGGGGCUGUGUGCGCAUCCCUCACACCCAACGCUCUGCUUAGUCUGGCCAGCGGCGUGGCCGAAGGCAUGGCUUACUUGGCUUCACAAGGGUGUCUUCAUAAAGACCUUUCCGCCCGCAACGUUCUCGUCAGCGAAGAUAUGGUAAGCAAGCUAUCCGAUUUUGGAUUCGCCAGUGACGUCGCCGCAAUGAGAACAUACCAACGCAAGAGCACGGGAUUUUCCCCUUUGCGCUGGAUGGCGUUGGAGUCCGUUCUUGAUGAUGUGUACACAACAGAGAGUGACGUGUGGUCUUUUGGGGUUCUGCUGUGGGAAAUAGUAACCCUCGGUGGCCACCCCUACCCGACCCUGAGUGCCAAAAAAGUGAUUUCCAAAGUGAAGUCAGGGUACCGGAUGCCCCGUCCCGAUCACUGCUGCAUGCAAUUGUACCAAGUGAUGCUCUCUUGCUGGUCUAAGAACCCGGCAGCCCGACCUACAUUUCCAACGCUCAGUGAGAAGCUAGGUGGACUGUUGGAAAAAGCUAACGAAUCCAUAUGGUUGGAAAGCUGCCAGGAGAGCAUCUACAAAAUGUCGGUCGCAGGUGGAUCAGACUUUGAAAAGAUCUAAGCGAGUAAUCCAGCGAGUGUGCACCAUGAAAAAGACCUCAUUCGAAAUUGUACCUUAUAGAUGUACAUUUUGGAUGCAGAUUUUGCUUAAGUUCUGAAUUAAUAGUGUAACCAAGUAGUAAAAAAAGAUAAGAAAACUAAAUCAAAAAUGAAGAGCUUACAGGCCCGUGAAGUUCAAGUGAAUCACAAGAGAUUUUAAUGAGACCACAAAAAUUCAUUACAUACAAAGAUUAAUCUAAUAAUAAAUCGGGAGUGAGAAGUCAGAAAGUUGUCCAACUACAAUGUGCUUAUAAAAUAUCUGUAGUUCGAUCAAGAACAAUAAUAGGUUGCGAUGCAAAGAGGCAAUGUACGGCCAAAAUGUAAGGGCAAAAGACACUUAAUAUGCAAAGGCAAAAUAUAGCCUAAAUGCAAAGGCAAAACACAGCCUAAAAUGCAAAACUACCAAAUAUGGGGGCAGGUAAAAUACCUAAAGGAAAAUAAAUGAAUCAUAAUUAAUAAAUACAUCUCAAUGUGAACAGUCAAAUGUAUUACAACAAAAUUAUGUCUCGUGUGAAUCCUUAUAUAUGGGGCACGCCCUAAAGGGGCUCACUAACCACUAAGAAUAUCUUUACAUCGAA